AUGGAGGUGAGGACGAAGCCGGUGGGCGCGCGUGGCGGGCUCGUGCUCGUGCUUGUGCUCGCGUGCGCGCUGUCCGGCUCUGUUAGCGCGCGCAGCUGCUCUGAAUCGCGGCGCGAGUACGAAGCGGCCGGAUACAGCACGAGCAGCGCUCCUGUCACUACUAUUUCCGGUGAACACCUGCGUUUCUGCCCUCAUGACUACACCUGCUGUACGAGCGCGAUGGAGGAGACGCUUGCACGGCAGAGUGAAGUCGACUUUUUGUCUGCUGUUGAUGAGACCAGCAGCUUCCUUCAGACGAGUUUCACCCAUGUACACCGACGCUUUGAUGAGUUUUUUGGUGAGCUGAUUGGUGUAUCAGAGAAGUCGAUGAAUCAGAUGUUCACUAAGACGUACGGACGCCUUUACACUCAGAACACACACCUCUUCCAACGACUGUUCACACAGCUCAGGAGCUACUACUCAGGUGGAGGUGUGUUGGUCUCAGAGGUAGUAUCAGAAUUUUGGGCAGAGUUGGUGGAGCAAGUGUUCACUCUGUUAAAUCCUCAAUAUCACUUCAGUCUGGAUUAUCUGGAGUGUGUGAGCAAACACACCCAACACCUACAACCACUUCGAGAACUACAACGUAAACUCAGCACACAGUUAUCCAGAGCACUGAUUGCUUCGAAGGCGUUGGUGCAGGGUCUCUCUACAGGCCAGGACAUUGCUAGCAAAGCUAUUAAGUUUACAGUCAGUGAAGAGUGUGGAAAGGCUUUAAUGCGUCAGUUGUUCUGCCCACUGUGUGGUGGAAGUCCGACGCUCCGAUCCUGCCACCCACUCUGCCUGAACGUCAUGAAGGGCUGCCUGGCCAAUCACGCGGAGCUAAACUCUGAGUGGAAUCGCUUUAUUGAUUCUCUUCUUGCAUUGGCUGAGAGGCUAAAUGGACCAUUUAAUGUUGAACUGGCAACUGAUUCUGUGGCGGUGAAAAUUUCUGAAGCCAUUAUGCACAUGCAGGAGAACAGCAUCAGCAUCUCCACAAAGGUCUUUCAGGGCUGUGGUAACCCCCGUCCAACCCCCAGCAGAACCAGACGUUCUCUUAAGGAACGAGUGAGAGGCAGAAAGACAGAGAGAGAGCGAGAGAGCAGGAGAACCUUUAGGGUCUUCAGUCCAGAGGAGAAACCAACAACUGCUGCAGGAACCAACAUGGACCGACUGGUAUUGGAUCUGCAGCAGCGGUUACGGCCAAUGAGGGAAUUCUGGGUAAUGUUGCCCCACUCCCUCUGUAACGAAGAGAAAAUGGCUGCUGACGUGACCAAUGAGGAUCGGUGCUGGAAUGGUUACGCACGUGGGAGGUAUAUGAUGAGUGUUAUGGCUGAUGGUUUAGUAAAUCAGGUGAAUAAUCCUGAGGUUGAGGUUGAAGAUUCUCCGGAUAUUAAAACCCGUCAGAUCAUCAUGGAGCUGAGAGUAGCGACACACCGCCUGACACUGGCACACCGAGGAGUGGAUACACACACCCUGCACAGUGAUGAUGAGGAUGGUAGUGGAUCGGGAUUGGUUGAUGAGAACCUUUAUAGGAACGACUGGCCCAAUCAACCACGAAGCCCCACCCACCCAUACAAAACCCGCCCCCGAGACCGGAGCAGAUCUAACGGAUCGAUCAGAUCAGGUGUACAGAGAGCCACGCCCACCUUCUUAUUCUCUGUGUUUCUCUCUCUGAAUCUCUCGCUCUCCCUACAGUGGAGAUCAUGAUCAUGUGAUUUUAAUCAGAAUUUAGUACAAAAUCCAUGAAGGGUAGAAGGUGUAAAGCCUCAGCUCAACACCCGGGAUCUUCUCUCCAUCAGACGGUUCUGCAUCAAGAUCCGUCGCUCAUCAGUAGCUGAUAGAACCACAUGAACAGGGAUUAGUUUAUCAAACCUCAUCAAGCGUUACCACAAUUCAGUUACAUUCACAAACACCGCUUAAAACUUUACUGUGCAAAAAAGAAGUCUUAUGGGAACCAGUAUGUGUGUGUAUGUAUGUAGGGUUAGGGGAAUUUCCCAUCAGGAUUUAUUAUUAUUAUUAUUUAAGUGUUAUUUUAUGUAUGUGUGUGUGGCGGGAGGUGGUCUACAAUCUUAAAUCCAUGUAUUUAUUUAUUUCUGUAUUUAUUUAUUUCUUUAUUUAAUUUUUUGGAAAGUGUAAAUUGUGUAAAUCGUAACUUUGUACUCUGGAAUUCUACACUUUUGUACACAUUUUUAGCACAAACCUGAUUUUUGAUUGUAAUUUUGUACAGAAACUCAGAAUAAACUUUCA